CGAGAUUUUUGGAUAUCAGGACAUUCUCGCGAGAACGACGGGCAGCGGUGUUUUAUUAAAGAAAUAUGGCGGACAGGCUAACGCAGCUCCAAGACGCUGUCAACUCGCUUGCAGAUCAGUUUUGUAAUGCCAUCGGAGUCCUGCAGCAAUGUGCGCCUCCUGCCUCCUUCAGUAACAUCCAGACGGCUAUCAACAGAGACCAGCCGGCCAACCCUACCGAAGAAUAUGCACAGCUAUUUGCAGCGCUGAUCGCCAGAACAGCCAAAGAUGUGGAUGUACUAAUCGACUCUCUGCCCAGUGAAGAGUCCACAGCAGCUCUGCAGGCGGCCAGUCUGCGGCAGCUGGAGGAGGAGAACCAUGACGCAGCAGCUCGGCUGGAGGAGGUGGUUUACCGCGGCGAUAUGCUGCUGGAGAAGAUCCAGAGCGCCCUGGCUGACAUUGCCCAGUCUCAACUCCGCACCCGGAAUGGAGCACCGAGCCAGGCCUCGCCAGCCGAAUCCUGACCCCCCGCAGUGUGAAUAAUACAGUUUUGGACAAUUUCGAUUUCACAUGCUUUGACACCCACAGACAUCAGCUGCAAGCCUCAAAACACACAAGUCAGCCAAAUGUCUGUUAAGGAAACGUGAAGUGCCAUAAGGUCAAAGAAACAUCAUUUGGUUGCUCCAGUGUUAUUGUCACACAGCAGCCACUGGUCUCAAGGCAAACAGAGGCAAAAUGAGUGUAAAAUGUCUUCAUAUACACAUCGUUCUGUAGAUGGACCUUUUGUGCUCAUACAAAAAUACUUCAAAAAGACCCUGGUCUGAAUGUGUGAAUGGUUUUGCUUUUUAUGUUGUAUGUCUGUGUUGUAUAUUAAGUCUAUGUUUUUUGUAGAUAUUUAUAAAUGAAAUGAUUAAAAUUCUUGCUUUGGA